UAUAUAUGUAUAAAAUAUAAUGAGUGAAUUGUGAAUAUGACGUGCAAAAGAAAAAAAGAAAAGAAAAAGAAAAAACCAGGAUAUAUAGAGAAAAUAUAUCAUUUCAGAUUUUUUACUAAAGUUAAAUAGAAUGUAAUAUUAGAAAGAAGGGAAAAUCUGAAAUUUUCGUUUCAUUUUAUUUCAUUUCGUUUUAUUUCGUUUCUUACAUCGAACGAAUAUAUGAAUGACUAAUUCGCCGUUCGAAAGAACGAUAAACGAAAUGUUACGAUGAUAAACCUAAUAAAUGUUAGGAUGAUAAACGUAAAUGAAGUAUAUUCCUUUGAAGCGAACGCUUUGUAAAUCAGUAGUCGAUCGGAUAUCCAAUAACGAACAGCUUCGUAUGUUUCCGUCGUGUCGUAUCGUAUGUUCUUUCUUUCAAAAUAUUCUCAGUUACGAAAUUCUUUUGAAUAUUAGAAUAGACUAUGUGUUGAUACAGUAUCGUGUAAGAUAAAAGAUAUCGUUAUCGUCUUAUUACUAUUUAUUGUCGUUAUCUCUCUAUUUAUUAGUAUAUCUAUAUUACUAUUCUAUUAGAAUGAUAUUUACAUUUAGCUUUCGAACGUCAAGGAAAUUAUUAGAGCUACAUGCUGCAAGAAAGAAACAUAUUAGAAAUGUGCAUUUUAAAUUUUAUCCAAAUACAAGGUCGCUUUUAUCAGAGCGUAAGACCGAAAAAUUGAAUAUGUAUCAAGCGAUAAAUCAAGCUUUGGACAUUACUUUGAAAAAGGACACAUCCGCAGUAAUAUUCGGCGAGGACGUUGCAUUCGGUGGUGUAUUUCGUUGCACCGUAGGACUUCAAAAACGUUAUGGUUCCGAUCGAGUAUUCAACACCCCAUUAUCCGAACAAGGUAUCGCAGGUUUUGGUAUAGGUUUAGCGAACUGCGGUACAACCGCCAUUGCAGAAAUUCAAUUUGCUGAUUAUAUAUUUCCUGCAUUUGAUCAGUUAGUUAAUGAAGCAGCAAAAUGCAGAUACAGAAGCGGCGGAAUGUUCGAUUGCGGAAAAUUAACGAUUCGUACACCUUGCGGUGCGGUAGGACACGGAGGACAUUAUCAUUCUCAAAGUCCAGAAGCAUACUUCGCUCACACGCCUGGAUUAAAGAUCGUGAUACCACGAGGACCCGUACAAGCGAAAGGACUUUUAUUGAGUUCCAUCGAAGAACCAGAUCCUUGUAUAAUCUUCGAACCAAAGAUCCUUUAUCGUACAGCUGUUGACGAAGUACCAGUUGGACAUUAUAAAAUUGAAAUUGGUAAAGGAGAAAUAGUAAAAGAAGGAAAAGAUGUGACUCUCGUAGGAUGGGGUACGCAGGUGCAUGUACUAUUAGAAACAGCCGAUAUCGUCGAAGAAAAGCUCGGUGCAUCUUGCGAGGUGAUAGACCUUCUUUCCAUUAUACCUUGGGAUGCAGAACUAGUUUGCAAGUCCGUGAGGAAGACCGGACGUGUCAUCAUUGCGCACGAAGCACCAAGGACCAAUGGUUUUGGGGCGGAAAUAGCGGCUCAUAUUCAGGAGGAAUGUUUCUUAAAUUUGGAGGCACCGAUUAUGAGGGUCACCGGUUGGGACACACCAUUUCCACACAUUUUCGAGGAUUUAUAUUUACCGGACAAAUGGCGUUGUUUCGCCGCAGUUAAAAAGAGCCUUGACUAUUGAAAGAUCGCCUCCGUCUAUGAAUGUGGAUGAAAGGCUGGAAUAAAUGAGGGAGAAAGGGACUUUAGAACUCUCUGGGUAACACCCAUCGAAGUGAUACAUGUGUCUUUCAAACUCGAAAUGAAUUCCGUGACAUCGAUUUUUCGUAUUUGCGGCAUAUGUGCCUAUACUUACAUUGCCACAGUUACAUCGGCUUGUCACGUGCUCUUAGACCGGUCCCGCGACAAUUUGAUCGUAUCAUGCUAGUUCUCUCUCUAUCUAUCUAUCUCUCUAUUUCUAUUUCUAUAUUUAUCUUUAUCUCUUUUUCUAUCUAGUGUUUGCACCCUUUCUGAUCGUAUCAAAGAACGUGAUCUCUUUCUCCUUUGACAUGGAUAACAAUCGCUUAGAUAUUAAACGGAUCCCUCGACGGAUCCAUUUUUUUUUCUUUUUCUUUUCAAUUGUAACAAUGUCGUCGUCGUCGUCGAUAUAUUAAUAUAUAUUAAUAUUAAGAUAUAACAAUAUUAAGAUAUAUUAAUAUAUAUCGUUACACCCAAUUGGUCGAGAACGUUUAUUUAAUAACGAGUAAAACUUUUAUAGACUUGUAAAAGAAUUCCCGCAAAUUGGUAUGUAUAAGACACCGUCGCUGUCGCCGUCGCCGUCGCCGUUGCCGUUGCCGUCCCUUCCACCCUCCUCCCCCCGAGGGCAGGCAAUUAGGAUCGGCAAGUAUUUGGAUAUCUCUAAACGCGGAUCGUACGAUUACGUACGAGAGGAAAAAAAAAACGAUACUCAGUUCGGCAGGCAUUAAUUGUUAUCGAUAGGUUUUUGCUUAAAAGAGUUAUAUGUAUAUCCCUGGCCCAGUUUAGUCCCGACCAAACCCACAUAAAUCCUUUCGCGUUUAAUUUAAUGAGACGAAGAAAGACGAUACGCCGGGCGUCGAUGGAGACGGUGAUGUUAACGAGAGAUCAAGAAAGGGGAUUCGGAGGAGGGGGGGAUUAAGAAGAGAAGGGGGGAGACGGAAAGAGAGAUCAAGGGGGAGCGCCACGACGAACCGAUAUAUUCAUAAUUAGAAUGGUGUAUAUCCAUACGAUAUAUGGGAUAAAUCGGGUCAAGUCCGUCUUUCGUCCGCGGUAAAACGAAGCGCACCGAUCUUAGCGACCGUCGUAACGCAAUAUUUUAAUCAAGGCUUCGCUCUCUUGGCCGCCGCCGCAUUCGAAAGCCGAUCGAUCGAUCGAUCGUCUCUUAUCUAAAAAAAAAAAAGGAAAACUAUUGUUACAGUUAUUUCGAUUUUUUUCUAAAUGUCAUUCUUGAUACGAUUGAAUGGUUCAAACGCGAAUUAGAUCGAGACAAGUAAUGAUUCCUCAUGAUUUGAGAACCGAAGAAUCAACAUCCUUCUUGAAAUUUUCUCAUACGCAUUUGCAAUUUGUUUAAUUAUUAAUCGUUACGGAAGAAAGAGGGUAAUAGCAUUGAGAAUAUUCGAAAUUGUGAAGGAAGUCCGUAACGUGGCUUGUUCGUGUAACGUAUUUUGUAAUUUGAAAGGGAAACCACAUUCUUUCACCGCGUAUUAUGAUACGUGAAAGUUAGCAACGCAGCGCCUACGGUGUGAUGCAGUAGGUACAUUGAAGAGAGACGAAGAGAAUGGCUAGACAGACAGAGAGAGAGAGAGAGAGAAAAAAAGAGAGAAAGAGAGAGAGAGAGAGAGUAAGAAAGAAAAAGAGAGAAAGAAAGAGAGAGAGGUGAUCGUUGCUGUGAGACAUGGACUAUAUCGAAGGUCGACCUGUUGCCUUUUUAUUUUGUUGAUUUUUGCAGGAAUAGAGCAACUGUCCUCUCUCUCUCUCUCUCUCUCUCUCUCUCUCUCUCUCUCUCUUUUAUUCUUUUAUAGAUCAGUUAACAUAUGGUACAGACACAUAUGCGGACGUUAAUGUUCGUCCAGUUUUGGUUAGCACGAAAUUGUUCAGUCACCUGAACGGAUCACCCUUGAGAAGCUUCGUUCCUCCUAUCGUGUUUGUUUCCUCGUUUCAUUCGAAAGAUUCGAAAGGGAUCCACCGAUCUGGAACGAUCGCGCAACCGAUUUCGACGAAUCUCUUGGAUGGGAUCUCUUCCAAACAAAGAGAAAGAGAAAGAGAGAGAGAGAGAGAGAGAGAGAGAGAGAGAGAAAGAAGGAGAGAGAAAGGUAGAGAAAGAGUAAAAAUCGUAUGAACAAACCUGAUACCUAUGGAUUCAGACAAAGAAUAGGAAAGGGGUGGAGAAAUUGAAGAGGAAUAAAGUAAUCAAAGAACGUAAAAUAAAAACAGAUUUAAUUAAAAAACAAAAAAAGAAAAAGGAAAGAAAGAGAGAGAGAGAGAGAGAAACACAUGUAUUAAUCCAUUAGACAUCUUUGAUGGUGUUAAUUCAAAUCGUUCCAUCUUUGAUUUUAAUUUCCACGUGUCAAUGUCACGCAAGUGUUAUCCAUUUUUAAAAAGAAUCAAUUGCUCGAGUACAUGAGCACGAUGACGUAUAUUAAUUGAUUUAUAAUACGUACACACCUACAGUCGUCCAGCUUUAAGUAUUUCGAUUAUUUUAUUUUUCAUUCAUUUUGACAGAUGUUAUUUAUGCGUUACAUACGUACGCCUAAAAGGAACUUUCUUCGAUUAUUUUUCUUUUUUUAUAGUAAUCUGUUUUACUCUCACUUACACAAACAAUCAAUAAGAUCAAAUCGCCAAUGGAGUAUUUACGGGCUAUGAAACGAACUGUGAAACGAUAGAUUUUAUCUUUUAUUUUCAUUGCGUAAUUUUUUACUUUUUAUUUCUCUCUCUUUCUCUCUCUCUCUCUUUCUCUCUCUCUCUCUUUCUCUCUCUCUCUCUCUUUCUAUCCCUCUCCUUUUUUUUCCCUCUCGUUAAUUUCAAUUUUAUCUUCAGGCUGCGCCUUAUCUUCGUUACUAAGUGUUACCAAAAAGAAAAAAGAAAAAGAAAAAAGAGAUACGAUCAUAUUACUUUAUUAAUAUUAAUAAAAGUAUUUCUUUCUGUCGUCGCCAUCUUUUUUAUUUCCUCUUUUAAAAAUAUCUGUCGUAUUAUUUUCACCGAUGUCCUCAUAGCGCAUUCUUUCUUUUUUUUUUUUUUUUAUUCUUUCCUUUUCCUUUCCUUCCUUUUUCUUUAUCUUUUCUUUUUCUUUUCUCUUUUCAUUCUACUUUUCUCAAGUUGGUGAUCGACAAACGUAAUAGCGCGUGGUGUAUUACGAAGGCAGGGAUUAGAAAGAAAAAGAAAGAGAGAGAGAGAGAGAGAGAGA